UUUUGCCAAUUUGAGGAUUCACCCUCAUGGAUUAGUGCUGGUGGAUCUGCAGAGCUACAGUGAUCAUACGAAAGGAAGAGAGGAAGUUGAUCAGCUUCUAAACAAAGUAGAAGAAAGGAUGAAAGAAUUGUUUCAUGAUAAUAUAAAAAGGGUGAAACGAUUGCCAGCCAUUUUGAGAGGAGGUGUCAUUGAUAGAUACUGGCCCACAGCUGACGGGCGCCUGGUGGAGUACGACAUAGAUGAAGUUGUUUAUGAUGAAGAUUCACCUUUUCAGAAUAUUAAAAUUUUGCAUUCAAAACAGUUUGGGAAUAUUCUUAUCCUCAGUGGGGAUGUUAAUCUGGCAGAGAGUGACCUGGCAUAUACUCAAGCCAUAAUGGGCAGCGGAAAGGAAGACUACACUGGGAAAGAAGUGUUAAUCCUAGGAGGUGGUGAUGGAGGUAUACUGUAUGAGAUAGUCAAACUGAAGCCAAAGAUGGUUACUAUGGUAGAGAUUGACCAAAUGGUGAUUGACGGGUGUAAAAAAUACAUGCGUAAAACUUGUGGAGAUGUCUUGGACAAUCUGAAAGGAGAGUGCUAUCAGGUUCUAAUUGACGACUGUAUUCCUGUACUGAAGAGUUAUGCCAAAGAAGGAAGGAUGUUUGAUUAUGUAAUUAAUGAUCUGACAGCUGUUCCAAUCUCCACAUCUCCAGAAGAAGAUUCCACAUGGGAAUUUCUGCGGUUGAUUCUUGACCUCUCAAUGAAAGUCCUGAAACAAGAUGGAAAAUACUUCACACAGGGAAACUGUAUCAAUCUGACCGAAGCCUUGACUCUGUAUGAAGAACAGCUUAGCAGGCUUUACUGUCCUGUGGAGUUCUCAAAAGAAACUGUCUGCGUUCCCUCCUACAUGGAACUAUGGGUAUUCUACACUAUUUGGAAGAAACAAACUGUCAUCUGAACAUCAAGAUUGAGAUUAUCCUAAGUGUACAUGCUGCAUGGAGCAUAUAGGCCUUCCACGUGCUGCAUAUUGACAUCUUGAACCUUUAAAUUAUAUGCUGUAGAUGAUCCUGAAACUUAGUCAUGCUAUUGAUUGUGAAUUCUUUAAAUGUUUUUUAUUAUUUUAAUUUAAAAGCAAAUGGAAAAUGUAUAUUUUGAUGAGCUAGGGUGUUAUUUUUGAAAGUCAACUUAAAGAAGAAAAAGCAGCAAAACUAUAUAGCUGCUGAAUGCACUGAACCUUUAGAAUGUGAUCCUUUUUAUUUUUUGUAGAUCUUCACAAACUGAUUGAUUAAAAAAGUACAUCUUUUAGCAUUUCAUCCCUGAAAAGUGUUUCAUGGAGUUUGUUUUUAUUUUUUUUUUGGUUAUCCACCAGAUUAAUCUAUGGUGCUUUUUAAGGAUGGAGGGUGUAUUUCUUGGUUAUUUUUUUAAAAUGAACACUGCAGUGCUUCCAUGUAGAGAAGAUCAUAACUAAAAAAA